AUGGGGUUAGACAACUUACCCGAAGAACUCAUAGAGAUCAUUCUGAUAUUGGUAAACGACGAACAGACACUCCUACUCGCCCAAAGAGUCUGUCAACGCUGGGCUCAUUGCAUUCGGGACUCCCGGAUACUCCAGCAAGCCCUAUUCUUCCAGCCUAAGCAACCCACCCUACCAAAGACAACCAUCCCACGACAAAACCCCUUACUAGCAGUAAAGUUUCCAUACUGGUUUCCCGAUGUUUGCCAAUCAUCCCGCAAUACCGCAUUCGGGGCUGGAGACAUGCAAGAAUUCCUAGACAAACACGGCGCAUGGCUCCAUCCAAGCGCAAGCUGGCGCCGAAUGUUGGUCCAACAACCCCCAGCAAUGUCGCUGGGUUGGGUAGACCGCCAAGAGACCGAGAUCUCUACCAACCAGAUCUGUCUGCGCCGGUGGGAAAUCUCAUUGGAAGAGUAUGGUGGGCUUCGUAUGAACAUGCUUUACGACCUGGUUGCCAGGUCCUCGGAUGAGGCGGCGGCGUUCUUUUACUGGAGGAUGCAUCGGAGCCAUCCUGGCCUGGAGAGGUUUUCUAUCAGGUGUGAUCCGGAUAUCCAGAUGGAUAGGGAACCGUACUACCUCGAAGCGAUGAUGUCGGCUAAUGCGCAGACGGAUGUCGUGCUUGAUACGUGGAACUCGCCGUAUCUUGAAGCUCAUCUUUGGCCGCAAUUCGGUGAGGAUACUUGGACGUGGGAUUUAGUACGAGGGCUUCAAUCGCCGAUGGGAGAUAUCGAUCUUGAUGUGGUCUAUGCAUCGAGAAAACACAGGGAGGUGCGGAGUUGGGAAGUGCGCCUGCAGAGCGUGAGAACGCACUCUCCUGACGGGGGAACGCACUCUCCUGACGGGGGGUGA